GCGAAGAGCACAAGCUAGAGGAAAGCAAGAGCAGCGAAGCACUGGGUUAGAAAUUAUUCCACAAUCCAGGAUUGGACCAGAAAGUCAUGAUGAAGCUGUUUUGCCUGUCGCUGCUGCUAGCUAGUUCCAAUGCUGCUGUCCCUCUGGAAUCCUCGGGUAGAGAAGUGUCCCCCACAUUGCCCUCCCAGGCCAUUACCCCAGUGCCAAGCCCAACUGAGGCAAAGUCUCGCUUUGCCAUGCUGGAUGAUGUUCGUCUACUUGCAAACGGCCUCCUUCAGCUAGGCCAGAGUUUACGGGAGUUUGUCCACAAGACCAAGGCCCAAAUCAACGACAUCUUCCAGAAGUUGAACAUUUUCGAUCGCUCUUUUUACCAGCUCUCAGUUGUCACGUCAGAGAUCAAGGAGGAAGAGGAGGAGCUGAAGAAGACCACCAAUUUCUUGAAGACCAACAACGAGGAGAUCAAGAACCUGUCGCUGGAAAUCAACUCUAAAAUCAACAACAUCCUGCAUGAACGUACACAGCUGCAGAGCAAGGUGGGGAGCCUUGAGGAGAGGCUGAAGGGACUGUCAGAGAGCAUGGUCCCUGUUGACCAACUUAGUGAAAUCACAACGCUCAAGGAAGUGAUUGAAGCUCAAGAGAAAACAAUCACCAGUCUGCUAAAAGCUGUGACUGAGCAGCAUGAUCAGCUUGACCACCAGAAAAUCAAGAUUAAAAACCUGGAGGAAAAGCUAAGUUAUGACAGCUUUCAAGAUACAGUCGAUAAGCCAAUGGAUUCAGACCAUUCAACUCCUAAUAUGUUUGAAUAUCUGACAGGAAACUCAACUGGCCUGGACACAAAUGACCUCCCCACAGACUGCAGUGAGUUGUUUAACAAAGGAGAAGCAAACAGUGGAACCUAUGUUAUCAAGCCAAACCAAUCUGAGCCAUUCAAUGUCUACUGUGAAAUGGAUUCAGAUGGGGGUUCAACUGUCAUCCAGCACAGGACCGAUGGUUCAGUGGAUUUUGACCAGACGUGGGAGAAGUACGAGAAAGGCUUUGGAGAGCUGGAAAAAGACUUCUGGUUGGGUUUAAAGAAGAUCCACAGCCUUACACAGCAGGGAGUUUACAUCCUGCGUAUUGAUUUGGAGGACUGGAAGGAGGAGAAGCACUGGGCUGAGUACCGCUUCUCACUGGAGGGUUCCUCCAAGGACUACACCCUCCAAGUCAGUGACUUCUCUGGUGACCUGCCUGAUGCCAUGGCCAACAGCACGGGCAUGAUAUUCUCCACUAAAGACCGAAAUAAUGACAACCUCCGAAACUCCAACUGCGCUCGCAAUUACACAGGUGGUUGGUGGUUUAAUGCCUGCGGUGAGACAAACCUUAAUGGAAGAUAUCUGUGGUUGAGGGCAAAAGGACGCUCUAUGAGAAGGAAGGGCAUUCACUGGAAACCUGGCACAGGGCCCUCAUAUUCCCUUAAGAUGACCAAGAUGACCGUACGACCAGCACCUACAACUUAAAGCUUUAACUGAACCCCACAAGUCAUACCUUCUCUUACAACAAUACUAGCAUUUUUAACAAAAAUUGAUAAUAUCUAAUGCUCAGUUGAAAGGUUCCAUGGAAAGAAAAAGUGA